CUCUCAGAAAGCGAAGAGGGGCAAGUGGCAGUCAGGUGAUCCCGGCUAGGCCACGCCCCCUCCCUCUGGACGCAGAGGAGCCGGUUCUGCUCAGUGCCGGCGUCACACCAGGAUGGAGGCACUUUCUUAGCACGCUUACUGAUGGUUUCCUGUUUAUAUGGAAGGCGCUUCGUGAGUUUUACAGUUUUUUCCCCCAAAAAUCAUCAUUUCCAAGGCACAUGUCCAUGAUGUGACUGACAUCUGCAGCUAUGGAGUGGCCGGGUAACCGGCAUGACCGGGGUGUCGGUACUAGACGAUCAGCCGGGUGCUGCUCCUGGGGAGCAUUGAAGAGGACACUCCCAUUUUUGUCGUGGUUUCAGUAUUCUGUGCAAUGGAUGCAGCUGGACAUUAUUGCUGGCUUUACUGUUGGACUGACUGUGGUACCGCAGGCGCUCGCCUACGCGGAGGUGGCCGGACUACCUGUUGAGUAUGGACUGUAUUCAUCCUACGUCGGCGGCUUUAUUUACUGCCUGUUUGGGACGUCCAAAGACGUAACGUUAGGCCCCACCGCCAUCAUGUCCCUCCUCGUGUCUGUCUACACAUCCGGAGACGUGUCCCUGGCCGUUCUCCUGGCUUUCCUAUCUGGGUGCAUACAGUUGGCCAUGGGACUGUUAAAGUUUGGUUUUCUUUUGGAUUUUAUUUCGUACCCUGUCAUCAGCUUUACUUCAGCUGCAGCCGUCACUAUCGGAUUUAGCCAAGUGAAGAAUCUUCUAGGUUUGAAGGAUAUACCUCGCCAAUUCAUUUUACAAGUUUAUGAAACCUUCCACAAGCUUCCGUCUACCAGACCUGGGGAUGCUGUUCGAUUUCUUUGCAUUGCUUUUCUCAUGGCGUUGAAAUUCAUGAAAGAACAUUUUCCAAGGACGUAUAGUGGCAUGCCGAGAUGUCAUCAGCUCUCCUACAUCAUUGUCUGGUUAACUACCACAGCUCGGAAUGCAAUCGUGGUAGUCGCUGCAGGUCUAGUGGCCUACUCCUUCCAUGUUAUGGGUUUACAGCCAUUCAUCCUGACCGGAAAGACUGCAGAAGGUCUCCCGGAGUUUCAGCUGCCUCCUUUCUCCGAGAAGAUUGACAAUCGCACUGUACCAUUCAGUGAAAUGGUCGGGGAUAUUGGAGCUGGACUCUUCAUCAUUCCACUGAUGGGAUUACUGGAGAGCGUAGCUAUUGCACGAGCUUUCGCUUCUCAGAAUAACUACAGAAUCAACACCAACCAGGAGCUGCUCGCGAUAGGACUGACAAAUUUUUUGGGCUCCUUCCUCUCCGCAUAUCCUGUAACAGGAAGCUUUGGGAGAACGGCGCUUAAUUCUCAGACUGGCGUGUGUACCCCGGCCGGUGGCAUCCUCACAGGGCUGAUAGUGAUCUUUUCACUCGGAUACCUCACUCUAUUCUUCUACAUUCCCAAAGCCGCUCUUGCUGCGGUCAUCAUCUGCGCAGUGGCUCCCAGGUUUGACUUGGGAAUCUGCAAAACUUUGUGUAAAGUUAAAAAAAUAGACCUGUUACCUUUCAUGGUCACCUUCCUUCUUUCAUUCUGGGAAAUCCAGUACGGGAUCCUCAUUGGGAUCCUUGUUUCGCUCAUCAUCCUCUGCUUUUCAAUUGCAAGACCCAAGAUAAAGGUGGUCGAUCCAAACGGCUUAACAUUGAUGAUCAUGAGUGGUCUUAGUUUCCCAGCUGUGGAAUAUCUGAGGGAUGCUGUUCAUGAAAAAGCAUUUACAGAUCCCUUGCCGCAGACGGUAGUCCUGGAUUUCACUCAUGUCAAUGUCCUGGAUUAUACGGUUGUGCAGGGUCUUCGGGAAUUACAACUCGAGUUCCAGUCUCAGGGGAGAUCUCUGCUGUUGUCAGGAUUGCAGCCGGACAUUCAUCAGAUCCUGCUGGCAGCGAAUAUGAAAGACUUCCAGUAUCCUCAGAGCAUGAUGACAGAAAAUGAUCUGUAUGAAGAUGAAGGCAUACAGCCCUUACUCACCAACACUUCUAAAGGUUCAUCCUAGUUGAACUAUUGAAGAAACCGUAAUGUUGGAAAAAGAAAACUCUGACUUCAGUGAAACGUCUGAAAUAUACAUCAGCGAUUUUCUACGUGACGGGGAAUUAAUCUGAUGAUUACAUGAACUGACAACUUUGUAAAUAUACGUAAAUGUUAAACAGUGUAAAUUGAAUUUGUCACUUUUAAAUAAAGUUCAGUUUUAUAUUUGA